UUCUGUCCUCUUUUAUUCCAUGCAGAUUUAUCAGGUUUUUAGCAGCCUUAGUUGGCUACGUUGGUGGUAUGCCUGCUGUUAUGGCUUUCUAUAUGCAUAGAUCAUUAUUAUUAUUGUUGUUGUUUGGAGUUGUCUUCUGUGGCCGCCGCUUUUAGCCUAUUGGUGACAUUCGGUGUAAAAGAAACUUAAUUGCACAGUUAAUUUUAGCAUUUAAAAAUGCAAAGAAGACAGCAAGAUGUAAUCUUCCAUGGCAAGAAAAGGUUCUGUCAGGGGUAUGUAUUGCGAAAGGAUUUACAGCCUUCGUGACAUUUUUACUACCAGAGAUAAACCGUAUACUAUUUCGUUAAACUUGCUUGACAUUCAGAAAAAUGUGUAGCCUACCCAUAGGCUACCACUCACAGAGCUCUCCUCACAGUCAGAUUAAACAGAAACGAUACUGGCAAUAUCUGCAGACUACAAUCUACGUGCACACUCACAGCAAACACUUCAAAUGGUGUUUAUUCCCAGAAGUUCUUCCCAUGACUUUGUUUCAGGUGUUCCGAAAAACAAACUCAUUUAAGUGACCCGGAAGUGUCUUUUUGUUUUCCUCUCGGAACCGUAACUUCAUUUGCUUGGCGCUGAAGUUGAGAAGAUCAAAUGCGGCGAAGAAGUGGUCAAAUUUAUCGAAGAAAUUGUGAACGUUGAAAAACAGUCGACCUGGCAAGCACGGACUUGGCUUUCUACAAGUAAUCUGGCAACACGUACAGUGGAGUUUAACAACUUUAGCGAAGAUGUCUGUGGCUGGCUUGAAGAAACAGUUUUAUAAAGCAAGUCAGAAGGUGAGUGAGAAAGUGGGGGGUGCAGAAGGAACCAAACUCGAUGAAGACUUCAAAGACCUUGAGAGGAAGGCAGACCUCACAAGCAAAGCCAUUGUGGAUGUCCUCUCUAGAACCUCAGAGUUCCUCCAGCCUAAUCCAGCAUCCCGUGCAAAGCUCUCCAUGAUGAGCUCUGUGUCAAAGAUCCGGGGACAGGCCCGCAGCACAGGCUACCCACAGGCAGAGGGGCUUCUGGGAGAAUGUAUGAUGAAAUACGGGAACGAGAUGGGGCCCAGCACCAACUUUGGGGGGGCUCUCCUUGAGGUUGGCGAGUCGAUGAGGAGAUUGGCUGAAGUGAAGGACUCAUUGGAUAUCGAUGUCAAGCAGAACUUCAUCGACCCUUUCCAGACCCUGGUGGACAAGGAUCUGAAAGACAUUCAGCAUUACCUGAAGAAGAUGGAGAGCAGGCGCUUGGACUAUGACUACAAGAAGAAGCGCCAAGGGAAGAUCCCUGAUGAGGAGAUCCGCCAGGCAAUGGAGAAGUUUGAGGAGUCCCGCGAGGCAGCAGCGAGCAGCAUGCACAACCUGCUGGAGACUGAUUCUGAACAGGUCAGUCAGCUGGCAGCUCUGGUGGAGUCCCAGCUGCAGUAUCACAGGCAAGCCUCUCAGGUCCUGGAGGAACUCGCUGGAAGGAUGACGGAAAGGGUGAAUGAGGCCCAGUCCCAGCCGCGCCAGCCUCGUGCCCCCCGGCCCAGGCCUGCCUACAGCUACUCCGAUGAGGAGAACUCCAGCGGCGGCUUCACUCCAUCCUCUGCACCGCCGUCUUACUCUCCAGCAGCUCCUUCCUUCAACAGAAGCUCCCUGCGUCAGCGCUCCACAGAGCAGGCGUGCUGCAAGGCCCUGUAUGACUUUGAGCCAGAGAACGCCGGAGAGCUGGGCUUUCAAGAGGGUGACGUCAUCACACUGACCACUGUCAUCGACGAGAACUGGUUUGAGGGCUCGCUGCGCGGUCAGUCGGGGUUGUUCCCCUGCAACUAUGUGGAGGUGGUGGUGCCUCUUCAACACUAACGGAGAGAGGGGAGGAGGAGGAGGAGGAGGAGGAGGAGUGGAGGUGCGUGAGAGGUGACUGAACACUUUGGCCAGUUUCAGAAUGCUAAGAUACAUCCUGUUAUAUCUGCACUUUGCCACCUCAAAGAAGAGAAAAAAAUAACAAUACCAAAAUAAAUCUGAAUAUCUGUGUCAUUAGUUGAAAAAAAGCUUUAAAAAACAAUCUUGUGGUGUUUAAGGGACUUGGGGUGAGUGUAUUUUGCACCAAAGCUAAUCAUUGCAAGUUAAAAUUAACAAAAAAAUAUAAACUCCGUUUCCAAAUGUCAACUGACCACCAUAUUUUAACAUUGAUUACUUUCAUGGCUGCUAUUUAUUUCUUGUUUGGCUUAGCAAACUUAAUUUCCUGUCUCAAAAUGGUUCUCAAAACACUUCUAUAAUGGAUAUGUCACACCAACCACAUCCUUUCAUCAGAAAUCCUCAUUUUUGCAAAUGACCACCUCCCUCUAGUGGUCAUAUUUAAAAGUACAGCAGAGACAACAAAACAGCAAGUGUCUGUAGUCAUUUACACCACUCCACUCUACUCUGUGUCUCAGUACACCGUACAGUUGCUACAGAUGUUGUACUGUUGUUGUUCUGUUUUCCAAUGUUUUAACUUAUGGAGAGAGAUGGAGUAGUGUGUUGUUGUAUUUUUGAACAUAAUAACAAUUUUGAAACUUAAAAAUUGGUUAUGAAAACCUG